CAUUAAUUGUAUCCUUGAUGACUACGUUCAGUAUUGACAACUAUGUUCCCGCUUUCAUUGUCAUUCUGAAUGCAUACUGAACACAACUCAAACUCACCGUCCUUUUUCUUGCACCUGUCUGUCUUCUGCUUUCAUCUUUCUUCUUCGCCUUUCUUCCUCACUUCUUCUUUCAACCCCUUUAAGCUGGCAAAGCAACCUGCUGCUCUCUCCUCUGCACUUCUCUUCUCUAAGCUGCGACCACUUUCCAUAUUUCUGAUCAUAGACUUAUCAAAAUCCACAGCCCCAACACAUCUCGCACACCGAAAACCCCAUCAACAGCACUUUAACCAGUAUGGAUGAAGCUUCCGCACAAUUAAUCCUGAGUUUGCUCCACCAUGAUGUGCAGGAGGAGAUCGAAGCCUGCAGGGCCAGGAACAAUAACAGUGGACCAUCCGAUCAUGAAGUCGCGCUACGCGAAUGGGCAUCCCAGAUCCAACAGUGCGCCACGACCACCCAUGACAACCAGAUGGCCCUGAGCAUCGAUCGAGCAACCUACGACGACCGCGUGGCACUCACCUUAGCUGCGCAGGAGGAGAGCAAGGCACUCGCCGACCGAACGCUCGCUCUUCGAUAUGGAAACCAGGCGCAACAGGCCCAGCACCAGCCAGCCCAGCGUCUAGCCACGCAACAGACCCAGGAGGCCACCAGGAUCCUGGCACAGAUAGACGGGGCCGAUAUCUCGUCUCUGCUACCCGCCCGCACUGCAGCUGCUCUCGGAUACGGCGCUGGGUCGUCUUCCAGAACCGCCGCAAAGCCCCCCUUGGAUGACACUGGCGCGGCUGAGUGUGUUGCGUGCUUGGAGGAACAGCCCUUGAAGAGUAUGAUGCAGACACCGUGCUCGCAUCAGUACUGUAAGGCUUGUGUGUUACGUCUAGUCAGAGAGGCACUGGCCGACGAAUCGCUGCUGCCGCUCCGCUGCUGCCGUCUGCCGAUUCCUCCCUCGACGCUCCAGGAUCAUCUGGGCCAUCGGCAGGCCAAGCAGCUGGAGGACAAAUUGAUUGAAAGGGAAGAUCCGUACAAGACCUACUGCUCCAGAGCGGGCUGCGGUCAGUACUUGAUGCCAUAUCAGGUGCAGGGCUACAUCGGCACAUGCAAGAUCUGUCAACAGGAGACUUGCACUCUCUGUAAACGGCCCGCACAUGUAGGGACCGAGUGCGAGAAUGACCAGGCUGAAGACCAGACUAUUCUAAACCUUGCAGCCGAGCAGGGAUGGCAGCGCUGUGCGCGAUGCAGCCAUGUCAUCGAGUUGGGAACAGGAUGCAACCAUAUCACAUGUCGCUGUAGGUACGAGUUCUGCUAUGUCUGCGGCUCUACCUGGAAACUGUGCACCUGUGCGAUCUGGGAUGAGAGAAGGCUGUUGCUCCGAGCUCGACACGUCGCCGGUCGAGAUCGAGCCGACCCCCCACCCGAGCAGGAAGUUCAACAAGUGGCACAGAACCUCCAGGAAGACCACGAGUGUGACCACGACAACUGGAAGCGUGUCAAAGGCGCUCAUCAGUGCGAAGAGUGCCACGACAACUUCCCGCACUUUAUUUACGAAUGCCGACAAUGCCGCUUGCUCGCUUGCGCGCGCUGCAGAUUCAAUCGUCUUUAGUCUGUCUCUGCUGGAAUGCACUGGAGUGUGCCUCACUAUUGGUGAUGAUUUCUACUCUGAUUUUUUAUUUCUCAAAAUUUCCCUGAUAUGUACUGUGUAUGAUUGUGUAAUCUGUUCUUAACAUGUCGACACAUGGCAACAUCGUUGUGACAUAAUGGACAAGUCGCAUGGACAUGGUAAGCAUUUCGCAGCCGAGGCAUGC